GCCACUAGUUGAGCUGGCUGGCGGGCUGCAUGAAUGGGACCCGAUCCCGACGGCGCGCAGCUCCGCCGCUCCAGCCGGGGGAGAGGAGCCAGGCGUCCCCCGCGCGCGCCCUCCCCUCUGCGCCCCGCUCCCUGGGCGCACUGAGGGUGCUGCGGCAUCGCCUCCCGGAGCCACGCCGGGCACUGCCAGUCCCUGGUGGAGCAGCAGCCACCUGGGGCAGGGCUGUGGCGUUUGCCUCCUCCAGGGAGGGCAGAGCAGUUUUUUAUUUAGACCCAACACGAGGCGUAUUUAACCAGUUAUGUAACGGUGACCCUGCUCCGUCUCCGCCGAGUUCGGGGCAGAUAGGUGCACGCCGAUUGCCAGCGCGCCGGCUGAGUGGGUUUGCGCACCGGGAGCUCCUCACCAAAGGUAUUUUCGGAAACCUUAAGGAUCCAGGACUGUUUUCUCAGGAGGCAUUUCCUGCCUGCGAGCUGAGUGGCCGGCGAGGGCAGGUUUAGCGCUCACCAGGCUGAGGGCAGAGAUACCGACUUGUUGGGAGCCACUGGAAACUUUUCCUCCAGACCCUGAGCCCGGAAUAUACCGGGAGGGCCGGGAGCACACGGCCACGUUGAACAAGCGCUGGGACAGAGGUGCGGGCAGAAGGCGGUGCCCAGAGCAGCAUGUUACUCCUGGAUGAGUCCCAGCAGUUCCCAGACCAACCCCAAGAAGCCGUGUUCAGCAGUGACCAUGUUGAGCAGGCGGAGGAUGGAGAAUGGCAGCGCUCGACUUCAACUACCUCAUCUCAGAGUGAGCGGGCAGAGCAACUCUUGCAGAACCAGCACAAGAGCCUGGCCUCUGAGGACACCAAAAAGAAGAGGGCUCAGAAACCCUCUCACAUGCGGAGGAACAUAAGAAAGCUGUUGCGUGAGGACCAACUCGAAGCCGUGACAAAAGCAGCCCAGCAGGAAGAGUUGGAGAGAAGAAAGCGGCUAGAGCAGCAGCGGAAGGAUUACCCAGCCACUAUCCCAACCGUACCCCUAGAGUUUCUUCCUGAAGACAUCGUUUUCAGAACAGCAGAAGCUACCCAGCUCCCCCCUCAGGUCCUUGCUGAGGAAGUGAUCUGUCUCGAUAGUACCAGCAGUGGCAGUGAAGAUGAUGCUAAAGGAAAAAAUAACAUUAAAGAUGAAGUGAUUGAGCUGAGUUCGGGAGAGGAUGAUGCCCUCCAAAUCGUGGACAGCAGUGACUCUGGCAAUGAAGGGGAGGAAGAUGGCAGCGAAGAGAGCAGUGGCUCCCAUGUGAAUGAUGCCUUAAAUCAGUCCGAUGCUUUGGGGCAGGUCAUUGUCAACAUCAACCAUCCACCAAACGAGGAGGAUAUCUUCCUGGCUCCCCAGCUUGCACAUGCAGUAAAACCUCAUCAGAUUGGUGGGAUCCGAUUCCUGUAUGACAACUUGGUCGAGUCCUUGGAGAGAUUUAAAACCAGCAGUGGGUUUGGGUGUAUUUUAGCACAUAGCAUGGGCCUGGGCAAGACCAUACAGGUCAUCUCUUUCUUGGAUGUACUUUUUCGGCACACAGAGGCAAAGACUGUUCUUGCCAUUGUACCUGUGAACACGCUCCAAAACUGGCUAGCAGAAUUCAACAUGUGGCUCCCAGCACCUGAAAACCUUCCUGCUGAUUACAACUCCAAAGAGGUCCAGCCCCGCACCUUCAAAGUCCACAUCCUGAAUGAUGAACACAAAACAACAGCUGCACGUGCAAAGGUGGUGAAUGACUGGGUGAUAGAGGGUGGUGUGCUGCUGAUGGGAUAUGAGAUGUACCGUCUCCUCUCACUGAAGAAGUCCUUUGCCACUGGCAGGAAGAAGAAAACAAAGAAGCAAACUGGCCCUGUCAUUAUUGACUUGGAUGAGGAAGACCGGCAGCAAGAGCUUCUGAAAGGGAUUGAGAAAGCUUUGUCUCGCCCUGGCCCAGAUGUCGUGAUAUGUGAUGAGGGACACCGAAUAAAGAACUGCCAUGCCAGCACUUCGCAGGCCUUGAAGAACAUCCGCUCCCGCCGGCGGGUGGUGCUGACUGGCUACCCACUCCAGAACAACCUCAUCGAGUACUGGUGCAUGGUAGACUUUGUCCGGCCUGACUUUCUAGGCUCGAGGCAGGAAUUCAGCAACAUGUUUGAGCGCCCCAUCCUGAAUGGGCAGUGUAUUGACAGCACCCCUCAAGAUGUCCGUCUCAUGAGGUAUCGCAGCCACGUCCUGCAUAGCCUGCUGGAGGGCUUUGUGCAGCGGCGAGGUCACAAUGUGCUGAAGGUUCAACUCCCCUCUAAGGAAGAACAUGUCAUUUUGGUACGUCUGUCAAAGAUCCAGCGGGCCCUUUAUACGGAGUUCAUGAACCGGUUCCGCGAUGCAGGCAACAGUGGCUGGCUGGGACUGAACCCUCUCAAAGCUUUCUGUGUCUGUUGUAAGAUCUGGAACCAUCCUGAUGUGUUAUAUGAAGCUCUGCAAAAGGAGAAUCUAGCAAACGAGCAGGACUUGGAUGUGGAUGACCUUGGCACAGCAAGUAGUAAUUCCCGCUGCCAGCCUCAGGGAAUUAAAGUCAAAACAGAGAGUAAUGCUUUGGCAUCACCGGUUGGAGAAGCUACCAACAGCAAGUUCCUCCAGAGCGUUGGCUUCAACCCCUUUCAGGAGAGAGCAAAUCAAGUCGUUACUUACGAGUGGGCCAAAGACAUCUUGUGUGAUUACCAGACGGGUGUCUUGGAGAACUCACCCAAGAUGGUGUUACUGUUCCACCUCAUUGAGGAAAGUGUGAAGCUUGGAGACAAGAUUUUGGUCUUCAGCCAGAGCUUGUCCACUUUAUCUGUCAUCGAAGAGUUUUUGGCGAAGAGACCAAUGCCAAGUCCUCCAGGCUCAGAUGGAGGAGUUCACAACUGGGUCCGAAACAUCAACUAUUACAGACUGGAUGGCAGCACCUCUGCCUCAGAAAGGGAACGACUGAUUAACCAGUUCAAUGACCCCAGUAACACUUCUGUGUGGCUCUUCCUUUUGUCCACGCGUGCGGGGUGUUUGGGUGUCAACCUCAUUGGAGCAAACAGAGUGGUGGUGUUUGAUGCUUCUUGGAACCCGUGCCACGACGCCCAGGCUGUGUGCCGAGUGUACCGCUACGGGCAGAAGAAGCCGUGCCACAUUUACAGACUGGUGUCUGAUUAUACCCUUGAGAAGAAGAUCUAUGACCGUCAGAUCUCCAAGCAGGGCAUGUCAGAUCGGGUGGUGGAUGAUCUGAACCCAGUGCUGAACUUUACCCGACGGGAGGUAGAGAACCUGCUGCAUUUUGUGGAAGAAGAAUCCGACCCUGCUCAGCUCUCCCUCAAUCCAAGCAAGAUGAAGGAGUCGGUUCUACAAUUAGCCUGUCUCAAGUAUCCUCACCUCAUCACCAAGGAGCCUUUUCAGCAUGAGUCACUGCUGAUUGACCGGAAGGAGCACAAGCUGACCAAGGCAGAGAAGAAAGCAGCCAAGAAAAGCUACGAGGAGGAAAAGCGAGCAUCCGUCCCCUACACCCGGCCGUCCUACGCACAGUAUUACCCAGCCAGUGACCAGAGUCUGACGAGCAUCCCUGCCUUUAGCCAGAGGAACUGGCGACCAGCCCUCAAGGGUGAGGACAAGCCAGUGGCAAGCGUCCGCCCAGUUCAAUCUACCCCCAUUCCUAUGAUGCCCCGUCACGUCCCCAUGGGCAGUGCAGGAUCAACCUCAAGUUCCAACCCUGCUGUCAACUUCCCCAUCAACUAUCUACAGCGAGCUGGCGUCCUGGUGCAGAAGAUUGUCACCACCACAGAUAUUGUGAUUCCGGGUACAAACACAUCCACUGAUGUACAGGCAAGAAUCAGUGCUGGUGAGAGCAUCCACAUUAUCCGAGGGACGAAAGGGACGUACAUCCGGACCAGCGACGGGCGGAUUUUUGCUAUCCGGACCACUGGGAAGCCCAAGGGCAAUGAAGAUCGUCGGACAGCUGCCUCAGGCUCCCAGAGCUCGUCGCUGGAGUCCGCGAGCAACGGCAGUCACAGUGCCUCAUCACCACAGCUCCCCAGCGCGGAGGAGCUCACUCGGCCCAUAUCCCCCGACAGCCCCGAGAUCAUCAGCGAGCUGCAGCAGUACGCAGAGGCCGCGGCAGCCCGGGAGUCCCGGCACAGCUCUCCCAGCACCAACGCUGCCCAAGGCCACCCUGCCCGCACGGACAACGCGCCUGGCCUAGCAGCUCGAGGAGCCGAGCAGCGUGCUGGGAUUCACUGCAUGGCUCCCUCCGUGUCUUCAGCCUUGCCGGCCAGCAGCCAGCACGCGGAUGCCCACUCGGUGUUGGACUUACGGGGCAACAAGCGCAAGUCAAGCUCGCCGUCGGCUCCGGAGGAGCAAGCCCUCAGGCAGCAGAAAAAGCGCCAGUUGCCAUCAUCCGUGCAGCCGUAUGAACACGGGUACCCUGUCUCUGGUGGGUUCGCCAUGCCUCCUGUCUCUUUAAACCACAACCUAACCCAUCCGUUUGCCUCCCAACCAGGAAACUCCUUGUACAUGGGCACUGGGUCCUCUUACUACCAGCUGUCCAAUUUACUCCCAGACCCUCAUCUGGUGUUCCCUGUGACUACUGACCCUCUGCUGACAGCCGGCACCGCCAGCUCUUCUGCUGCUACCUCAGUCACCGCCAGCGUCCCCUCGUUCAUGCUAAACCCUUCUCUGACAGGGGUGCUGCCCAGUUACUCGCUUCCCUUCACGCAGUCACUCCUGCCCGAGCCCAGGAUGUUUGCUCCUUUCCCAGCCCCCAUCUUGCCUAGCAGCCUUCCCAGGAGCAUGGCAUCUGCCUACCCUGGCUACGUGUCCCCUCACUCGGGCUACCCGGCCGGGGGCCUCCUUCGGUCCCAGGUGCCUCAGUUUGAACCCCAGGAGGUCCCAGAGGUGGGAUGCAGCUCUAAUGACGAGGACAAAGACGACGAUGUUAUAGAGAUCACAGGGAAAUAAUGGGCCUGGCUCCUGCUCGGUCUCAGCUCCACCAGGAGGCAAAAAAAGUUGCAGGACCUUCUUGGGAGUCAGGAUUUCCCCUCUGGGCCACAGCAGUGGGUGGAGAAGGAUGCGAAGGGUGUGGCGUGGUGUUUGUUUUCUUUUCGUUUUGUUUUGUUGGUUUGUUUGUUUUUUAGCUGUCAAGGAUCUGAAUUGUACUGGGAGCUGGGAGAUGGGUGGGGGGCGUAGAGCGGACCUGCGAGGGCCGGGGGGAGCAAGAGCCAGGGGAGGAGGGAAGCAGUAACGCAGACCAUAGGAGUGCCUCCCUCCCACGCUCUGUCUGUCUGUCUGUCUCUGUUCUGUCUUGUCUGAAAGGGGGAGGCUUGGUGCCACGAGUCCCUGCCCUUCGCAGGCCUGGAGGCACGGGCUUGACCGCUGGCAGGGCUGAGCUCCUCCUCACACAAACUGCCUUAUCUGUGAACUUCUCUCACUUGGGGAGGGGCGGGCCGGGGGCAGUGACUCCAGCAGAGGUUGGGGGCGAAGCAUUUUUACUGGGGAGGGAGAGGGGGGACUUUACAUUGUGUGUGUUGGGGGGGGGGGAAGGGGGAGGGAUUGAUGUUUUUUACCAAAAAAAAAAAAAAAAAGGAAAAAAAAAAAUCACCCCACCAACAAUUUGUCAACUUCUAUCAAAUUCACAUGAAACUUGAGUGAGGGCUCCCCGGGCCCCUGUGGGUCCCACCCAAGCAGCAGAGCCAAGCCAGACCUGGUGGUGGCCACUGGAGGGGAAUCCUGGUGACUCCCCCAGCUCCAUGACCCAGUGCAUCCGGGGGUUGCUGGGCUUGCUGCUCCUUCUGAACAGCACCAGGCACCAGAGGAGGUUGGGAUGGGACGUGGUUCUGGCCCCAGUGCCCCUUGCUGGUGACUCUGAUUGGAGCAACUUCCCCCUGCACAGAACCUCUACCUUAAUUUAUUACGCCAAGGCAUAAUAUUUAUUGUUGGGGGGGCUCUUUCCUUCGAUUUUUAAAUUAAUUUCCAUAUUAAAAAAAAAAUAAUAAUAAUAAAAUGUUGGCCUCUGUCCUGCAGUGGUUGCUCGUCGGGUUGUCUGUGUGGGGAGAAGCAGCCAGCUGCCCAGAGCACAGCCGCGGCAGCUCCCUGUAGCACCCCCAGGAGCUCCCCUCUGCUGCUGGGGAGCAGCAGGAGGGAGGACAGAGUCCCCUCGCUGUGUCAGGGCAGGUGGAGGAGCACGUGUGGGAGCUUCUUGUGCUUGGUCCUGGUGAGGAGGAGGAGGGCGUGAGGAAGGGUUGGCCCUGGCACUGACAGCGAGCACGCAGGCUGCUCCUCUCCGUGCCAGGGCUCUGGAGGAGAGGCAGCUCCAUGCAGGUCCCAUGAGCACAGCUGGAUGUGUGUGGGGGGUGAACGCCCCGGGAUGGGGCCCUGCAGUCCGGGACCCUCUUUGUCCCCAUCUGGCUGUCACCAGGCCGGGUCUGCGCCUUGGGGGCCUGCCCCAGAGCAGGGCUGGGAUCUUGGAGCAGGGGCAGCUUCUAAGGGCCUGCUGUGAAAGCAGCAGUCACUGAUACCUGCUGGGACCAGGUAGGGAAGGGCAGGAUGUCCUGUCAUCCUUCACCAACGGUGAGCUGGAGACCUCCCCUCUUGAGAGAGAAAGAGAGAGCAAGGGGCUGUGUGUGUGCUCGUGUGUCACAACGACAAUAAAAAAACGUUCCAGGGCUUUCCUAGUGUCUUUCUCUGUUUAAUGGACAUUGUCUGUCGAACAUAACCACACCAUUCAUAGAAGCCUUAGAUCAACAGUUUAGCUAUGCAAAUUAUUUUAAUUAUUUUUUUAAAAAAAGACAAACAUUAAAAUAGUGCUUUCUUCUUUAACAUAUCCUAGGAGUUGAAAACCGAGGGGUUCUGAGCAAACUGCUGGACAACUUGUCUUUGGAUGCACCAUGGAAAUAAAAAUCAAACCCCCCCACAAAAGUAACAAAGCAAAUUAACUGAUGGUGUUCAUGCAAGUUUCUCCAAAGACUUGACAGUGCUGCAUCUGUGAGUCAUGCCCUCCUGUGCUCUGUGUGUCCCCCUCAUGCGCAAUCCUGUGCCACUGAUUGUAUGACGAGUUCGCCCAGAUGUCCGUUGCAUCCCUGUGAGGCUGUCAGAUUGCCGGUGGAUUUGGGGGAAGGGGGCAGAGGCGAGGGCUUUCCUUGGCCAGAAUAGCCAGGGGUGAGACCAGCGGGCUUGUGAGCAGGACCCGGAGGAGGCCGGAGUGGGAGCAGACUGGCACCGGCACCCUGCUGCAGCCCAGCUCCGCGGCGCUGGUCAGUAUAGCAGAGUUCCUCUGGGGGAAGCCUCCCAAUGGGGCUUUUCUGCAGCCCUGCACUGCAGCAGGGCACAGAGAUGUCCCUGGCACACCCGUGGGUGCUGGAGGUGGCCGUAGCCCGCAGGGAGCAGGCUGGGUGCCACCAGGUGGCCGCUCUGCUGGUGGCCUCCCUGUGUCAAGCACCGGGUGCCCCGCUGGCCAAGUGCCUGCCGUGAGCCCCCGCUGCCCAGCCGAGCACAGCAGGGCCCUGUGCCCCCUCCUGCUCCCUGCCAGCCCACGGCGCCCUUGUGGAGAGGGGACAGGUCCCCUGCAGCCAUCAGAGCCUUGGCCAGGAGGUGGCUGCCACCCCUGGGUGAGGGGCCCUGGGGCUGCUCCUCGCUCUCCGUGGGGAUCAUCCAGGGCGUUCCUGCAGCAGGGGACCUCUCCGAGCCCUUACAUCUCCUCUCCCAUGGGUCUCCUCUCCCCUCCCCACCCUUCUCCCAUCCCUAACGCGUGGUUCUGCUGCAGAGGGUCCUGUCCUGGAACGGGGGCUUUCCCCUCACAGCUUAGAUCUUCCUUUUUUUUUUUUCUUUUUGCUGCUGAAUUUCUGUCUCCAAAUGACCGGCUGGAAGCGGCUGCCGGCGCGCAGCAGGGCUGCGGGUGGUGCUGAG